CUUCCCGGGCGGGAGCAGCGCUGUCCCAGGCCCGGGUCUUGGCCACUCGGCCUCUGGCGUCUCUGCAGGAGCGUCGGGAAGCCCCUCCGGUUUCCAGGACUCGGAGAUGGUUUAAAGCUUGAAACUGAAUUGUUGGAUGGAAAAACCAAGCUAAUAUUGUCUCCAUCUGAACAUAAAUCAAAACUUUCUGUGAAGAUGGGAAAUAAGGCCAAGAUUGUGAAACGUCCUUUGAGACCUAAACAAAAUGGACACGUUAUAAAAUCAACACAAAAUACUUGUAUCAGGAGUGAAAAACCUUUGCAAAAGAAGAGAAUCGGUUCAGAAACCUCACUGGAAAAAGGUGAAAAUAAUAUGACUUUUUCACCCACUAAGGAUUUAUGCAAGCAGUAUGCAGAUAAAGAUUAUCUUCAUCUCCAGAAAGAGAUUUCACCUGCAACCCCUAAUACACAGAAGACUAGAAACACCAUAAAUGCAGCUGGACUAGCUAAACAGAAGCCUUACAAGGAACAUGUUAUAGAUAAGAACAUGAAGAGUGAUUUGGUGUUUCUAACACAAGACCAGCUACAACAGAUUCUGAUGACUGUAAACCAAGGAAGUAGAGCUCCUUCCGUGAUUGACAAUGAAAAGGAUGAAACAAGUCAGUACCAUCUACAUUUAAACAAUAUUCCUAACCAGCCAAAGGAUGAGAACAUUUUGGGACUACCACAAAAAACUGAGGCUGUUUCAUCUGUCCAGGAUGAAAAUAAAUACAUUUUUAACAAAACUGAGAUCAUUAAGGAGAAUGAACAGAAUGUUGCCAUAGAAACUGUCUGGAAACCAGCUGACAUAUUCAGUACUUUGGGGGAAAGAGAACGAGAUAGAAGUUUGUUGGAAGCAAAAAAAGCCCAGUGGAGGAAAGAGCUUGAUGAACAGGUUGCUUUAAAGAAGAAAGAAAAAGAAGCUUCUGAAAAAUGGAACAACCCUUGGAAAAAAAUCGAAAGUGACAAAAUAGUAUGGGAUAAACUUCAAAUUACUGACAAUUACAAGACUUCUGUUAGCUCGUCUGGCAUUCUGACACCCUAUCAAGUAACCAUGGUCCAAGUCGAUGGGCGCUCACUACCGAGAGGUAGUCAGAUUUUAGAGGAAGCACUGCCAUUGGAGUACCCUUUCAGUGCAGUGAAACAUGAACAUCAGAGAAAGUGGCUAGAGGAGCUGAACAAGCAAAUAGGAGUUCACCAGAAGAGAAAAAUUGAGGAAAAAAUGUCAUCAAAAGGUGAGGAGCAUGAAAGAUGGGCGAUGUAUUUUGAUUCAUUGAAGAACUCUCCUGAUUCUCGAUCUCAGCUGUCCUCUCGGUCAACACACAAACAACCAGAGUAUUUCUGUGUGUCUCCGGACACUCAGGAGCUGGCUGAUAUUAGCAGUGUUUGUACACCAGCAACUGGAAGCCAGGUUGAACCUUCAGAGGAGGCACAUUUAACAAAACCUGCUAGGGACUUGGUUAUGGCAAACAGUCAAAAAACAAACUUUCUUCGCUCUAUGACUGCUCUCUUGGACCCAGCUCAGAUUGAAGAACGGGAUAGGCGACGACAGAAGCAGCUAGAACAUCAGAAAGCCAUCACUGCUCAGGUAGAGGAGAAGCGCAGGAAGAAGCAGCUGGAAGAAGAGCAGAGAAGGAAGGAAGAACAAGAAGAAGAGCAUCGCUUGGCACGAGAACGAGAAGAAAUGCAGAAACAAUAUGAAGAAGACAUACUGAAGCAGAAGCAAAAGGAAGAAAUCAUGACUCUCAAAACAAAUGAACUGUUCCAGACAAUGCAGCGGGCACAGGAGCUGGCACAGAGACUAAAACAAGAACAGAGAAUUCGAGAAUUAUCUCAGAAGGGACAUGAUACAUCUGGAUUGAUUAAAAACCUUGGUGUUGAUACAGUACAAAUGGAAUGGAAUACAUCCACUAUCAUUUCAAAUUCAAGGCAUGGCUUGGCUGAAAUUAGUGAUAAAAUGAAUACAUGUAUCAAUUCCACAGCCUCUCCCAAGAAGGAUACUGGUGUACAAACAGAGGACUUAAAUACAGGGAUGUGUGCCAACGCAGAAUCACAUUGUGGAUCAGUAAUAGAGAGAGAAAUCCUAAACUGUUCAUCUCCUGAGAUUCCUGCAGAAUUUAACGAAGACUUUAACAUUAAGGGGAAUAAGGAAGAGAUAGUAAGUCAAGAUAAAGGAGCCAACUUAGAAAAAGAAAAUAGCUGGAAUAAUAACCAGUGUCACCAAGUCACAAGAACGGAGAAACCAAUAAAGCAUAUGAAGAAAUGUCCUAAAAGACCUGACUGGAAUAUAAAUAAACCACUCAAAAGGUACAUUCCAGCAUCUGAAAAGUACCCUAAACAGCUUCAAAAGCAAAGAGAAGAAAAGAAAGUAAGAAGGCAGAUGGAACUGCUUCAUUUGUUAGAAAGAAAUUAUCCAGGACACCUCUCUCAAAAUAGAGACAUCUCACCAGUAAUUCUCCAUUCACCUCAUCAAGAAACUGAGUUCAGGUGGCAACUAGUCAAAAAGGAAGAGUCUCUGAAAAGUAAUUCUGUCAGCAAAGAAAGGUCUCAGUCACCACCAGUUCCAGCUGUGAAAAAUAAAACACAACAAACUCAAACACUGACAACUAAUUAUGAAAGAGAAAAUGUGAUUUCAGGAGGCAGUCAAACAGAAUUGUCAGCUGAGAUUUCUGAACUACCUCAUUUUAUUCCUUAUGUCAGAACCAAUGAGAUUUAUUACCUUGAUCCAGAUGAACCAUUGUCUAGGCCUUCAUCCCAGGAACCCCAGCACCAAAAUCCACAUGAAGAACAGCUGUUUGACCAUGUCCGGGACCCACUUCUUAAUCCCAACUUGGUGAAAAACAGGGAUCGACAGCAAGCAAUCCUUAAGGGACUUUCAGAACUGAGACAGGGCCUUCUCCAGAAGCAAAGGGAGCUGGAAACUAAUCUCAUGCCCUUGAUUGCAAGUCAAGAAGAGAAUUUUAGUUCUUCAUUCUAAAUAUGGACAACUAAAUCCUUUAUGUCUUCUUGUGUCUUUAAAAUCGUAA